AUGUCAUCUUACUUGGAGGUCCACCUGGGAAGCGGCGUUUUCGUCAAGCAGGAGCAGUGGGCAUGGCUGCUGUCGCGGCCGAAAGACUCCUUGUCCUGCAAGGAGGCCACGAAGCUCCUGUGGGGUAUCCCUGACCUUCGAAACAGGAGCCUCACAGGAACACCUUGCCGGCGCUUCGUGCGCCAGCAAGAGAAGCAGGCGCCACCGAGGAGGGCCCUGACACCACGAAAGCUGCAGGCUGUGGCUAAUGGCUUUGCCGAAUACGUGAGGCUGAAGCCAGCCGACGUCCCUGAGCCCGACCGGCUAAAAAAAAUGAAUCGGUCUAUGGCGGAAAUGCUGAAUGAUAUCAAUAAACCAUGA